AAUGGGUUUUUUAGAUUUUUUUUCAACCCUGUUAAAAAUAGCUGUUAUUUUCAUCGUUGAUUUUAUUAACAAAAACAUCCAUAUAUUUCAUUGUGCUUUAAUUUUAAAGUUUAAUUUUGUUCUACCGAGCUCUGUUUAUGUUUACCAUCAAGAUAUAUACAAUAUUGAGACAUGUUAUUGUUUCAGCCUCGAAUCACUCAUUUGUGUUGAAAGAAGUGAAUGUGCCAAUAUGGAGACAAGAUCGAUGUGAAUCUUCACUGCAAUUACAAUUUGGAACAGAAUUUGUUCUGCCCAGCAGUUCCUUGUGCGCUGGCGCAGAAGGAAGAGACGCUUGUGAUGGAGACGGAGGUGGCCCAUUGGUUUGCAACAAGAAUUCUGUUUGGUACCAAUUGGGAGUGAUAUCUUUUGGCAUUGGCUGCGGUAGGAAGAAUACACCAGGAGUCUACACUAGGGUACAAUCUUUCUCUUCCUGGAUUCAUGAGACAGUCUUUAACAAUUUAGGAUAGAGACUUUUAAUUGUUUUUUUUAUGAUAUUUAUACUUGAAUUAUUUUGUUAUUUUUAAUAAAAAAUUUAUUAAAACAAAAGCAUAGUGAACAUUAAUUUUGAAU